AUGACAACCACUGGAACCGCUAACGUACUUGAUGAGGCAACUCUUGUUGCCUAUCACGAUUUCGAAGAUGCUGUAGCGAACAUUAGUGGUGUAUUCAAUGAUGUGAGUACAAACGCUAUUCAUGCACAAGGAGAUGUAUUGGACAUGGUUCUUUUCUUCUCAACAACUCUUCAUCGUCUUAUUUUCAAUCAUCUGAAUAAUUGA